GGUUUCACCACGUCGGUGCAAAUAUAAGUGAGCACGAGACAGGUCACAAUGCAAAAUCUACAGUAAUACAACGAAGCAGUCCACCUUUACAGAGCACAGAUGAUGUUUGUACAAGCUCUGAAGACUUGUGUUGUCAAUCAUAUGACUUUGCCUUUCAAAGCCAUGAGUGUAAGGCACUGUGAAAAUGAUGAUUACACUCCCUGGAGCAGUUUGUGUCACUUUUUGGCAGCCAGUGGUAGGAGUGAACAUUUAAGUGAAUGUGAGAUGAAUGACACUGAUACACCUGAGCAAAUUUGUUCUUACUCAGAUGGUAUCAUCGAGUCUGUAGAAGAUCAACAAUCCUUAGCCUAUGUAGCAGGCUAUGUACUAAAAGCCAUAGAUGUACCAAAUGAUUGUGAAACAUGUAAUACCAGUCUCUACUCCUCUGUUGUGACUGAAAAUCAUUUGUUUACAUCAUUUAAAGAGAAUAGUGAGGAGCAUUCUCAUUUCAAAUAUGCAAGUGAAAGAGUCAUGAUUUUCCUAAGGGCGCUCUAUAAUCAGUUGUAUGAGUAUCUAAAUAGUCAUGGUCACACAACAAGACUACAUGAUAAUUUUAAAAAAACAUUUGUUCUGUCUCAUACAACAAUUUGUAAUAAACAAUACAUUGAAGAGAGACUUCUGAAGACAAGUAUUCCAUUUAUAAUCUACAAGUAUGUGAAAGAAAGGAAAUUUACAAACAAGAGGAAAUUGUGUAUGCAACAACUUAAAAAGAAGUUCAAAUCAUGUUAA